CAGGUGCACAUUCCCUGCCGGAAGCUAGCACGCACCCUUUCCUGCCCAACGACGUACCUCGUGACGCCGCGCAAGCGGUCAUGGGCAACUGCUGUGUUGCCCGGCCAUCUUUCAAGCGGCGUGGCGGUGGCUCUCCCAAGCAACGCGGCGGACGCCUUGGAGGAGCCAACCUCCGGUGCCUCUCCACGGUGUCCUCAGUCACUGACACCCCGCGUGCCACAGCCCAGCCGCCUGUAACCGUGCUUGGAAAGGGCCUGGCCGCGGCCGACAACAGCGAGGAGCUCCUCCGGCGGUACCAGCUUGGCGAGGAGCUGGGGCGCGGCGAGUUUGGGGUGACGCGAUGGUGCAUGGACGUGGCAACGGGAGAGAAGCUCGCGUGCAAGUCGAUCAGCAAGCGGAAGCUCCGGAGCAGCGUCGACAUCGAGGACGUGCGGCGCGAGGUAGCCAUCAUGCGGUCGCUGCCCUCGCAUGUAAACGUCGUGCGGCUCCGUGAGGCGUUCGAGGACGGCGACUCCGUGCACCUGGUCAUGGAGGUGUGCGAGGGGGGCGAGCUCUUUGACCGCAUCGUCGUGCGCGGUCACUACACCGAGCGUGCUGCCGCCGCUGUCAUGCGCACUAUCAUGGAGGUCGUGCAGCAUUGCCACCAGAACGGUGUUAUGCACCGUGACCUUAAACCUGAGAAUUUCUUGUACGCCACUGCAUCUGAGAGCUCCCCUCUCAAGGUUAUCGACUUCGGACUCUCCGUGUGCUUCAAGCCAGGUGAAAGAUUCAGUGAGAUCGUCGGAUCUCCCUAUUACAUGGCGCCUGAAGUCCUGAAGAGAAACUAUGGACAGGAAAUCGACAUCUGGAGUGCAGGCGUCAUAUUGUAUAUCUUGCUAUGUGGUGUCCCUCCAUUUUGGGCCGAAACGGACGAAGGAAUUGCGCAGGCCAUCAUCCGAUCACGCAUCGACUUCGAGCGCGAGCCUUGGCCGAAGGUGUCAGACAACGCCAAGGAUCUUGUUAGCAGGAUGCUUGAAAACAACCCUUAUGCCAGAUUGACGGCUCAACAAGUUUUAGAGCAUCCAUGGAUACAGAAUUCCACCGCUGCUCCAAACAUUCCUCUUGGUGAAGCAGUAAGGUCAAGGCUAAAGCAAUUCACUGUCAUGAACAAGUUCAAGAAGAAGGCCUUGCUUGUGGUGGCGGAAUACUUGCCUGCUGAAGAGCUGGAGGCAAUCACAGAACUGUUCCACAUGCUGGACACUAACAAGGAUGGGCACCUGACAAUUGAGGAGCUCAGAAAAGGUCUACAAAUGAUAGGGAACAAUAUCCAUGAUACAGAUGUGGAUAUGCUCAUGGAAGCUGCAGACUUAGAUGGAAAUGGCACCUUGGACUGCAAGGAGUUUGUCACGGUCUCCAUUCACCUGAAGAAAAUCCGCAGCGAAGAACACCUCCCCAAGGUGUUCAACUACUUCGACAAGAACAUGAGCGGGUUCAUCGAGAUGGAAGAGCUCAAGGAAGCGCUAUCCCCAAGAGGCGACCAGAAGGCCAUCGAGGACAUCAUCUUCGACGUUGACAUUGACAAGGUUAGCAAGCUCACUAUCAAGUAUCAACACCUCCAGAAACAGGAAAACGCAAAAAGACGCUUUGGGUUCCUCCGGGUCGCUCCUCAAGACGACACGGCAGGCAAAAACUCUAGCCGCAGCAACCAGCCGCAACCUCCUCUCGUGCGCUGCGCAGGAGACGCGCUGGAUGCGGCGACGGUUGUCCGGGUUGGCAGAUGCGGGGACGGCAUGGUCGGAGCUCGCAAGGAAACAGGCCGGUCACCGGUGGUCUUUGGAGCGGCGGAGUUGCGGAGUAGUGCGCUUGGCCACGACAACUUGCUGUGGAGGCGGGCGACGGUGGUUGGGCGGCGGGAUAUGGGCCGCAUACAACGGCGUGCGCACCGGAUCUGGCGUCCUUGGCGGCGGCGCCGCGCUUGAUCGGUUGUUCCCGGCGCCUCUUGCCUCCAUGGCCACGUUCUUCACUGGCCUGGCGGCAAACUGAAGUCGUGGAUCUGGAACGGGUCUCCCUUGUUCGCAUAGACUAGCCGCAAUGGAUUAACUUGCACCAGGAACAUACACAACAUUCUAGGUUUUAUUACUACAUCUAUAGUGGGAAAUACUCCGUAAUAUAUUAUGUGAGAUCAUGCAAAGCUUCCUUUAUUAAGAUAUAUAGACUGGUUUUGUCUUAUAUAUGUAAUGUUACCCAUACUAUGAGUAACUAGCUAUGUUACCCAAUUCAUCUCUCUC